GUAGCUGAAAAGCAGGGGUUUCGUGUUUCACCCAGUUCCCAAAGAAAAGACGCGAAACUCGACAAAUUGGCCAGAUUUCGAAUUCACUCUACACAGUUUUGCUGAUUUUUUUAGUGCUUUUCAUGUUUGCCAAAACCGAGUAGUGGAUGAUCUGCUGGGCGCAUCUGGACAAAACUUUGCAAACUUUUGCGCGGUUUGUUCUCAUAUAGUUUUAAGCAACUUUUACCGAGACUCUCAACUUUUGUUUGAUGAACCCCGAUUGUGAGUGCGCACUUUUCGCACAGUGAUUAGUGAGUGGCAAAAAAGUUGUCGAGUACUGCCCAAUGUUUCUAAACUGGCGUUAACUUGAGACCUCAUGCAACGAGAAAUGCUGCUCAGGAUUAUCUUUUUCGGGAUUCUUGCUAGAGAUAUCUGGGCCCAACAAAAAUUUGAGCGGCAGCCGAGCUACACUGAGGUGAAUCCUGGACAAGAUGCCUACUUACAGUGUAAAGUGCUCAACAAGAAAGGAUCGUGUUCAUGGCAAAAGGACAAUAAGCCAAUGGGAAUGUAUCCUCACAAAUACGAGUGGAUAUCGUCCAGUCAACAGAACGGCGAUUGUUCCAUUUGGAUUCGAGCCGCCCAAUUGGAAUUCGACGAUGGAAGUUGGGAAUGUCAAGUAACAGCCAGUGACUUUCAUACGCAGGAUGCUCUCACUAGUCACCCAGUUCGACUUGUUGUUCGAGUUCCACCGCAACGACCAAGAAUAGAAUUCAAUGGAACCCAAGUUCUUCCCGGCCAUAAUCUGACAACUUUUCAUGGAGAACUUGCCGUCAUCAAAUGUGUGUCUCAUUAUGGGAAUCCGCCACCUAUCCUGAAAUGGUUUCUGGAUCAGCAGGAAAUCACGUCAUCACCCAAUCAAACCAACACAACAGAACUGGAUAACACUAAAACGUGGCUGGCAAUUUCGGUGCUGGAAAUGACGAUUUCCAAAGAGAAACAUGGUCGCAUGUUGAGCUGUGUUGCUGUUCACGAAUCAUACGCAACCAAGUCCAGCAGCAUAGAAGUGAGACUGGAUGUCAUGUUUGUGCCAGAGACUCGCCUUGUGGGUCUUCCAACUGAAGAUGUGGAAGAUCUGAAAGAUUCCAUUGCAAUCCGAUGCGUCGUGGAUGCAAAUCCCAAAGCUUCAGUGGUGUGGCGAAGAGAAGGCCAGACUCAACCAGCCAGUUUGCAGGAAUUGUUGCAAUUUAGUCCAGCGAUUCGACAACACUCUGGAUUAUACACGUGCCAUGCUAGGAACAAGGCGGGCGAUUCUCAGCCGAAACGAGUGCAGAUUGAUGUUAAAUAUCGGCCAAAAAUAAUCAGUGUCGGUCGCGAAAGAGUCAAAACCACCACUCUGUUCUCUCCAGUGAACUUUGAAUGUCUCGGUGAGGGCAAUCCGCCUCCGACCUACCAAUGGGUCCAAAAGAAGACCUCCUCGCAUUCGGACAGUAUUAUUGAACGAGGACGAGAAGCGAAACUGUAUCUGAACAAUGUUACGUAUGAGUUUCAAGGAGAAUGGAGAUGCCGAGUGACCAACAUCAUCAAAGGAGAGGAACAGAGCGUCGUUAGUGAGCCGAUAAUCCUUCAAGUACACGGAGCGCCGCAGAUUUUGCGGCAAACAGCCAACCAGGAAAUCUACGUUGAAAGUGGCCACCCAGUAGAUAUGAGCAUGGUUGUAUGUGCAGAUCCCAGGCCCAGAUCUGUCGCAUGGGAAUGGGGCUCGUUGAGGUUGGAGGCUGGGAACGAAAUGGGAAAAUUCAAAGUUGACGAAGUGAGCCAAGAAGAAGGAGAAGACUGUUAUUUAACCAUCCUCCACAUCAAAGACACUUCGGCAACGGAUUCCCGAACGUAUUAUUUGCUGGUGGAAAACGACAAGGGGAAAGACAUGCACGCGAUUCAAUUAUAUGUUAACGAACCGCUUCAGAUAAGUACAUUGGCGAGUGUUGCUGGCGCUCUUUUGGUGGCUUUUCUCAUAUUGGUCUGUGCUUGCAUCUACGCCAUCCGAGCAGAAAAGUGUUGCUUUUCGAGAAAGGGUGACUUCAAGCCAUCAGACAUUGAUGGCCAGAAACUGGACAUAGAAAAAACCGCCCAUCAUCUGACCAACAAUCAGAAUCAAGCGGGCGCUUUGGGACAGGGUGGGAUUCCGGCCGACGCCAUCUACACGACGGGCCCACGGGGCGGCGCCCACCCCGACGCCAUGAAGACCACUCCAGUUCUGAGCACUUUCUCAAAUCAUCUCACUUGAUUUUAAAUCGCAUCGAAGCGCCGUCAUUUUGGAUUCUGAGGGCAGCUAAAGGCGCAGACAGAUCAGAACACGCCACUCAUCUUCAUCUCUGUUCACUCGUGUAUCUUUUGCAUUACUUAUCUUGCUCGGAGACAUUGUUCGAAUGGAAUUUGGGACACUUUGGUGCACUGUGAAGAUAACUAGUUGCAAAAGAAUGUCGACCAUUCUAGUUAGAUUAUUAAUUAAGAAACUACUCGUCAGUUUUAAAUUGUAAUUUUCCUAGAUAUUAUGGCAUGUAAUGGGUAACGGACUAACGAAAGUUUAUGCAUUGAUUGAUGCGCGGUUUGGUUAAGAGCUUUGAAAAAUUUACGAAUAAUCUGAAUUGAUUAAUUUAAUUUUUUGCGGCUUAUUGACUUCAAUUUACUGUGCUCAGGACAUUAAUUUCACUUUUGCGCCAGUAUUUUGUUGACAUUUAAUUUUUUCAAUUGUUAGCUUUUUGAACACAAAUAUCUACGGUUUCAGUAGUUUUUGCUCAGAAUGUAAAAUUCACUUUUGUGCCAGUAUUUUGUUAAAAUUGUAAUUUUUACAAUUUUUAUCAUUUUGAACGCGAAUAUCGACGGUUUUAGUGUCAGCGUUUCAUGUUCAUAGUUUACCUGCAAAUAAAAUGGAAGAUUCCUUUACGAAAGAUCGAAAAACUAAAAUUAAAUAAAAAACUGGAAUUAAAUUUAAUAUGGAAGAACUGAAAAACAGUUUAAAAAUACAUGUUCCCCUUUAAAAGGUAGUUUUGUUUUUAAUAUUUAGUUGCAAGAUUUUUAAAAGUCUUAGUUUUGAGUUUGAAACCAAAGUAAAGGGCAGAACAUUUUUUGUUUAAAAAAAACAGUUUCAAAUGAUUUGCUGUCUCUUAAAAGCUCCCAUGCGGUAUUUUUUUAUUUAAUCUUUAGUUGCAAGUUUUUGGUUCUUCAAAAAUGUAAGUUUCGGCAUUAAAAUAAUCGUGAAGGAGCCAAGAAAUUAUGAAAAAAUAUACCAACAUUGUGCCUCUGACAAGGGGAGGCUUGACCCCUUUACAGAGGAUGGAAAAGCAACUCUAGAAUUAAAGAAAAAAAAAUAGGAAAAAAUACAAUUUGAAACAAUAGUUAAGAGCCCUGAAAAGCAUUUUUGCAUCUUUACUUGCAAGUGUUUAGUUUGACUAAAAUCUCAGUUUUGGCCUUAAAACCGAAGUGGAGGGCAGAGGAUUAUGUGAAAUGAAAACAACAUUGUGAUCUUGACACGGUGAGGCUUAACCCCUUUACAAGAGAUGGAAAAGCAAUUUUAAAAUCAAAUUUAUUAUGAAAGUGGUAAAAGACCACAUUUAAAAGGGAUCAUAAAGUUCAUAUUUGUAUUCGUUUUUAGUUGCAAAUUUAUAUUUCUUCAAAAAUCCUGAGUUUUAGCCUGAAAACCAACAAAAACCAAAAAAAAAGUAAACUCCUUUACGAGAGGCUUGGAAACAAAUAGUUUGGAAAAUAUAUUCCGAUUUAAAAUCCUUCAUAGAACAUUUUUGUAUUUAAUUUUUAGUCGCAAAUUUUAAUUUUUGUCAAAAAUCUCAGUUUUGGCCUUAAAACGAAAGUAAAGGGCAGAAAAUUUCGAAGAAAAAUGCAACUAUGCCUUCCAUGAAUUGGCUGCCGAAAUAAGCAGAUUUGAAGCCAUUGGGGAUUUGAAAAAAUCACAUGAAACUGAACAGCUGAAACAAAAAAGCCGAUUUUACCCGAAAAUGCGCAAGACUAGAGAGAUGAAUUUGCGGAAGACAAUAUUCCAUAAUUUCAGUGAAAAAAUGCAGGUCAAAAAAUUUGAUUUUAUUUUCCAACUCGGAAUGCGGGCAAAAAAUGGCGAAAACUUGUGGGAAAAGCCCCCCAGCUGGAGAUUCUUAACCAAACCAAGCGCAAUCGCCAAAUGUAAAAGCUGAAAUAAAAAUCUGUAAAAAGAAACUAACACGAAAACUAACACUGCUGUAAAUGUAUGUAUAGCAUCAUCCUUCCACAACACACACUUUCAAUGGUAGGAGUAGUUUCGAGGAUCGGUACCAUCGUCACUCCUUAACCGAACCGACAAAACAAAAU